AUUUAGAGUGCAGAAAUAGACCGUAGAAGAAACCACUGAGAAGCUUGGAAGAGAAAGGUUAUGACAAGGCAGCAGCAAUGGAUGAGGCCCAGUGCUACUAUAAUGAAACAAUUGCCUUCUUUUAUAAUCGCAGUGGAAAGUAUUUAGCAACAGAAUGGAACACUGUCAGCAGACUUGUAAUGGGACUUGGCAUCACUGUCUGUAUUUUUAUAAUGCUAGCCAACCUAUUGGUCAUGGUUGCCAUCUACAUAAACAGACGUUUCCACUUUCCUAUUUAUUAUCUAAUGGCCAACUUGGCAGCUGCAGACUUCUUUGCAGGAUUAGCAUAUUUUUACCUGAUGUUCAAUACUGGACCCAACACUAGGAGGCUGACUGUCAGCACAUGGCUGCUUCGUCAGGGCCUAAUUGACACUAGCCUCACGGCUUCCGUAGCCAACCUGCUUGCCAUUGCCAUUGAAAGGCACAUCACUGUCUUCCGUAUGCAGCUUCACACUAGGAUGAGCAACAGGCGGGUUGUGGUUGUCAUCGUGGUCAUCUGGACUAUGGCGAUUGUGAUGGGUGCCAUCCCUAGUGUUGGUUGGAACUGCAUCUGUGAUAUCUCUGUCUGUUCUAAUAUGGCUCCGCUCUACAGUAACUCCUAUUUGAUCUUUUGGGCUAUAUUCAAUUUGGUCACAUUUGUGGUCAUGGUAGUUCUUUAUGCACAUAUUUUUGUCUAUGUGCGCCAGAGGACAAUGAGAAUGUCUCGUCACAGUUCUGGGGCCCGCAGGAACCGAGACACUAUGAUGAGUCUGUUAAAAACAGUUGCAAUUGUGCUUGGGGCAUUUAUUGUUUGUUGGACUCCAGGUCUUGUCUUGCUACUUCUGGAUGUUUUUUGCCCAAAGUGUGAUGUUCUUGUGUAUGAAAAGUUCUUUUUGCUGCUAGCUGAAUUCAACUCUGCAAUGAACCCUAUUAUCUACUCUUACCGUGACAAGGAAAUGAGUUUGACUUUUAAACAGAUACUGUGCUGUCAGCGCACUGAAACCGCCAACGGUCCAACUGAGGGUUCAGAUCGCUCAGCAUCAUCACUAAACCACACCAUCUUGGCUGGCAUGAACAGUAAUGACCACUCUGUUGUUUAGAUGGACCCAAAAGCUCCUAGGGAUGCCAUUGUUUUCAGUCUGACUGUAUCUGAACUAGUGUCAAGCAGAGAAGCCUAAAAUGAAAUGUGUGGUUGAACUUCUGUGAAGCAUUCCUCAGAUGGUACAAAACAGCAGAAGUAGAAACAUUUGCUGUCAGAGCUAAUAAUCAUGGAAACUGCACUCUGUCAUGUAGUUCUGACAUUAGUUUCCAUCAUUAUCUUCAUAAUAAAGCUUGAGUCGCACACUAUCAACUCUUGGAUGAUCUGCCAGUUUAACUAGACUGUAAUGCCAGUGGGGGGAUUUUUUUUUAAUAAGCUCCUAGAUGCUUCACCAUUAUCUACAUUUAGAAAUUUAGGCUACUUCAAAUAUGAAGUGAAUUUCAUACGGUAACAACCUAUUUAAUACCAUCAGCAUGCUCAUGAUGGAAUGUUUUAUGGAAAAUGAGAACAUUCAUAAUCCUUUUUAAUAGUUACACUGCCAUAACUGCUAAAAUACUUUUUUCUAAUAUUGCCAGAUUGGUGAUACAUUCUGUUUUGCCAGCCAGUUGCAGAUGUUUAAAUACACAAUAGUGUUGUAAGAAGGGAUAUGUUGUAUACUGCACCUUAUAAAAACACAGUAUUAUAUUGAUGUCUUGACUACACAGUAUUUAACAGAUCCACUAAUAAACAGGGUACAGUGUUGAUCAAA